GAUGAUCUGACAGGACAAAACCAGCGUUACAGCAGACGCACAUCAAUGAGGUCUGACGCUCUGGACACUGGAGACUUCAGCCUCACUCUGAGAAAACCAGAAGUGUAUGACAGCGGCAACUACACCUGCACCCUCAGUUAUGGAAACCAUGGGGUAGAACGUAGACUGACAGACAUAGAGCUGGAGGUCAAAGACCAGCAGGUGAUUGUGAAGGUGGUAGAAGGGUCGGAGUCUGCCAUCUUGCCCUGCAAAACGACAGCUGACCUCUCACAGGAUGCCACGGUUGAGUGGACUCGCUCUGAUGUAGACUUCAUGUUGGUCCACGUGUACUCAAAGACACGUAACACCAUCAGGGAACAGGAUGGCUUUUACAGAGUCCGAACGAUGAUGAAUGAAGACCCGCUGAGAACUGGAGACCUCAGUCUGACCCUGAAAUACCCCACAGAUGGAGACAGUGGAGGAUAUGUUUGCACCAUCUACAGGGACAAAGACAUCCUGAGACAGAAAGUAGUGCUGCAGGUCAAAGAACGAUCUUGGGCUAAAGUUCUAGUGGCUCUCCUGGUUCUCCUGGUUCUUGUUGUGGUUUCUGGAGGUCUUUUAUAUAAUUUCCGGCAGUAUUUCAUGCCAGACCGACUGGUCCACGUUUAUGAGAACAGCUCUGACCAGCCUGAAAAACAGCACCAGUUUUACAAAGGACGAACAGAGAUGAAGAGAAAACUGUUGAAAUUUGGAGACCUCAGUCUCACCCUGAAAGACCCCAAAGGCAGAGGCACAAAGACCUACACCUGCACCGUCUACAGCAAGGAGGGAAACAUCCUGAUAGAAAAAAAAGUACUGCUUCAGGUCAAAGACUCACACAGCGAUGAGAUAGAUUCACCGGGGGCAAUGGGGAACAACCACCCUGAAGACCUCAGUCUGACGCUGGAACACCCCACAGAUGGAGACAACUCCACCUACACCUGCACCGUCUGCAGCAGGGAGGGAAACAUCCUCAAGAAACAAGUGGAGCUGAAAUUCAGAGUCUGUCAGGUGGAGGUGGUUGAGGGGGUGGAGUCUUUGGAGCUGCCCUUCAAAACGACAGGAAACCUGCCUGAAGAUGCUGUAGUGGUGUGGAGGGACAGUGAAGACAGGAAGGUCUAUGUAUAUGAGAACGGCUCUGGCCAGCCUGAAGAACAGCACCACGAUUACAAGGACCGAACAAAGAUGGAUGAAGACCUGCUGGGAACUGGAGACCUCAGUCUGACCCUGAAACAGCCCACAGAGAGAGACGGUGGAGUGUAUAAGUGUAUGGUCAACAGCAGCAGUAUCAUCCAAUACAAAAUAAUCCCUCUGAAAGUCAAAGGUAUCCGUCUGUCUCUGUCUUCAUGUUCAUAUUUCAAGAUUGUUUAG